CAAUCAAAAGGAGGUUUAUACGUCUGCAGGCAUAUGUACUUUCCUAGAUAUACACUAUCUGUACAUAUAUAUAAGCUGUUCAAUUUCCCUUCUUUUUUUCCUGUACGAAUUUCAGUUCAUACUCUUUUCCAUUGGUUUUAUAAAGAUUUCAUAUUCCUAGUACAAUCUACAUAUCUUUUGUGUUGUAAAACAACAACCAGAUCAUCCCUCGUUAGGCCAAAAACAGCCGUAGAAGCUUUCCAAGAUUAUUCAAAAUCCAAUCAGGAUGGAGUGGCUGGGACAUGCAAAGAUUGGAUUCAUUCAUCCUCCAAAUCCCAUAAACCUCAAAAGUAAAGAUGGUUCGACAACAGAUCUUCUCAAAAUCUGUGAAGAGUCCACUCCACCAUGUCGUCUCAACCCCAUUUUGUUCAAUGGUAACUGCGAUCCUCUUGAGCAAUGAAUAAUUGAGUAAAGUGCUAAAUGUAUUAGGUCACAUGCAAACAUUCUGGACAGUAGUAAAAAAUGAUGGGCCUCCUAUUUACUAUAAACGAAAGUUGUUUGAAAAUGAAGAUCCAGCCUUUCAUGGUUCUUUUGCUGUUGAUUUCGUAGUACAUGAGCCACAUACCGAAGUUGAUGAUUCUUUACCCAUCCGAACCACCUACUACACGGAUGAAGACUUCUCUGGAAUUGCAUCCUUGGAUAGUCGUCCUAUGCUUGUGACCCUACAUGGGCUUUCAGGUGGUUCCUAUGAGAUAUAUCUCAAGCAUGUUCUGGAACCUUUGGUUGGAGCUGAUCAUCCUUCCAAUUGGGAGGCAUGUGUUAUUAAUAGUCGUGGAUGUGCAAAACAUAAAAUCACGAGUAGUAUACUGUACAAUGCGAGAGCUACUUGGGAUACUCGACAAACAAUUGCUUGGCUUAGGAAGACCUUCCCUAACAGACCCCUGUUUGGUAUUGGCUUUUCUCUAGGAGCGAACAUUCUUACAAACGUAAGCCCGCCCGCAGUCCUCCUUUUCCACUUGCCCCCUCAUUUCUGACUGGACAUCACUAACAAGCCCAGUACAUUGCCGAAGAAGGAGAAGCAUGUGUCCUCAAAGCCGCCGUCGUGUGUUCCAACCCCUGGAACCUAGACGCUGGAUCUCUCGCUCUCCAAAGAACCUGGCUAGGCCGGGAAAUAUACUCCAAGACAAUGGGGAAAAACAUGAAGAGACUAGUCGAACUUCAUCAUGACCAGAUCAUCAAAAAUACGAAGAUCGACUUCGAGAAGAUUAGAAACAUUACCUACCUCCACGAAUUCGAUCGACAAAUCCAAGGUCCUGCUUGGGGUUAUCCUACAGAGGGGGCAUACUAUCGAGAUGCUUCAUCAACCGAUUCGCUACUGGCUGUGAGAAUUCCUCUUUUCGCUAUCAAUGCUGAAGAUGACCCUGUAAGUAUUACUUCUCUUGAAAUUCACCCUCUAACUAACACAUCUUGAGAUCGCCACCAAUGAAUGUUUACCACGUGAGGAAAUCAAGAAGAAUCCAUACACAGUGUUAUGCACCACGUCUCUAGGCGGUCAUUUAUCGUGGUUUGAAAUCGGUGGCAACAGGUGGCAUGCCCGCCCCGUAAGUUAAAGGUUUCCUAGCUUUCAUAAAUGUCACUAAUCAGGUUACAGUGUGUCAACUUCCUGAACAAAAUGGCCUUUGAAGUACAACUUGAUACGAUUGUUCCUCCUGACGCAGACGACACCGCUGAUUUGAGCCCACCCCGAUCUAAAUUUCAACCCAUGGUACGGAAGUGGACUUGAGGUUCAUCCCUUUGGAAGUAAAGUUGUGGAUUAUAGCGAGGCAUGUUUACACAAUGUAUAGAGACAUAACUUAGAAGCAAUCUCUCAAACUUAGUAAUAAUCUAAUGUCAAUACAUCGCUGGUAUCUCUCAAAUGCCAAUUUUAAUAUCCUCACCCCACCCUAGGUGUAUUCGCCAUAACGCCCGAACAUAAUUA